AAAACUUAGAAAAUUUUAUGAUCCGAUUGUAAAUGAUUUGAAUGAUUUGCAAUCUACUGGUUUAAUAUUUGAUACAUUUAACAGUCAAUUACAUUUUACAUUUACGACAAUUGCUGCUGAUAAUUUAGCAGCACAUGAAAUCGCUGGUAUGCAACAAACAUUCAGUUCCGGAUAUUUUUGUAGGAGAUGCUUAAUAACUUAUGAAAAUCGACUUAUACCAUUAACCUAUAUUCACUUCAUUCAACGAACACAUCUUCAACAUACAAAAUGUUUACAAUUACUUGAAAAUAAUCCACACAUAAAAUCAAUGUAUGGUGUUAUUGGUCCAAGUCCACUUGAUAAUUUAAUAAAUUUUGACACAACUGCUUCUCUUCCGGGAGAUGUGAUGCACGAUUAUUUCGAAGGUGUAUGUCCGAUCAUUAUCAUGGCGAUGUUAAAGGAAGCAUCAAAUUUAAAGCUGAUUACUUUUGCUGCUAUUCAGGAGAGAACAGAAAAUUUUUCUUAUGGUGAAUUAGAUGCAUCAAAUAAACCUCCUUCUAUACAAGUUAAACAUCUAAACAAUGAUCGUAUUACUGGAAGUGCAGCUCAAAAAUUCUAAAGAGAAAAGUUAUUUUCGUCGAAAACAAACGAAAAACCAACAUCAUCAUCAACACCAAAUGAUACAGCAUUAUUAAUUAUAGAUGAAAAUCAACAAGAUGAUGAACAUGAAAAUCAAUCAGCAGAAGCAUCAAUAAAUGUAUCAUCUAUCGAAACUAUUAUUACAACUGAAAAUUUAACAGAAAAAUCUCUUCCAGAUCCUUAUUUAUUACCAGUGUUACCGAGUCAAGUCAACGAUGCAAUUAAUCUUAAACAAAUGGAAAAAUUUGAAAAACUUUGCAACUUUCGUUCAAUUAUUAUAGAUGCUGUUUUUCAUGAUUUGAAAACAAAUUACGGUUUGAUAUAUCCGACACGAGAACAAUAUACAACAAUUGUUAAUGGAAUACUUAAUCAUUUGAAGAUUGAACGUGAUCUAAAAACAUCUACAUCAAUCAUUCAAGAUACACCUAAUGAAAUACAACAAAUGGAAGAAAAAGCUGAAACACUUAAAACAAAUUUUCAAAAUAAAUCAAUUGACGAUCAACAUUAUCAACGGUUGUGGCUUGAAACUUUUGAUUAUCGACAAAAUUUUAUCAAGGAAAACACAACUGUAGAUAUUAUAGAACGUUUUCCUGUUUAUUCAAAUCCAUCUAUGAUAUUGACAGAUGUUAAAUUAUUAACAGGUGUAGAUUUGGAUCAUUCUGUUAAAGAAAAAAUGAAUUUGCUUUCUAAUAAAAUUUGUUCUAAUGAUAAAUUUUUAACAGAUGAUCCAAUUGUUCGUUGUUUUAAAAAACCAGUUACUCCUCAACCAACAAUGGUAAUUGAGGAAAACGAUAUUAAAAUCUACGUGGAUUGGACCUUCAUUUGCUCAUCGAAUUCUAUGGAACAACCUUUGGCUUUAGUUGUUGGUUUAUAUUGUGUGAUGAAUCUUACGUUUCCAACGUAUCGUACUGUUGUUAGAUUUUUAUAUGUUUAUUUCAUGAAUGAUAAGCAACAACAAUCAAAUGUCAUUCGAAAAUUUUGUAAAGUAUACAACAUUCAACUUCAAGAUAAUCCUUCAUCAUCAAAUGCUGCAUUACUGGAAGAAACAAAAAUUAAUGAUACGUAUUUAAAUGAUAGACGUGAAAACAAUGAAGAACAAAAUAUAUCUUUUGAACUUCAAACGACAACAUCAAUUCAACCAACAUCGAUGGAAUCAACAUCACAUGAAUCAACAUCAAUUGAUUCAAUAUCAACUGAGUCAAUAUCAACAGAAUCAAUAUCAAUGGAACCAAUAUCAAUAGAAUCAACGUCAACAGAAUCAACAUCAAUGGAACCAAUACCAACUGAACCAAAACGAAUUGAACCAACAACAUGUGAAAAACCAACAGCAUUUCAACAACAAUCAAAUCGAAUUCAUUUAUUCGUUCGUCGGCUUUUUUAA